AUGACAUGCGUCGACGACGGCUGGAAACGACGUCACCCAGUCUUUACCGCUGCUGUCAUGAUCUUUCGACUGCCGGCAACAGAGCUGGAGGUCAAGGACAGAUACGCGUAUUCAAAGACAAGGACACGAGAGGCGAGAGCGACGCAGUCGCAUAAGAGGCUCGUAAAACCUCAUAUUCAUGAACAUGAGAACAUGCUCAAAUUCCAGCGUGUAUGCCCGUGUGAACAAAGCGGACCGGUUCUAUUCUAUUCCGACAUGGAUCUAGCAGCAGCAACAACAACAACAAGAACAAGAACAACAGCAAGGCGUCGGAAACGACCCAAGUCCCGGGGUUUCGCCCUCUGUUCUUGGAAACCGGCACUGCCGCGGUCAACUGUCUCCGAAGCACGUCCAGAACUCCCAAGUGACGCUGCUGCGCCAUGUCCAGCGUCCGCACGACAGCGCUGCAAGCUGCUUUUAUGUGCUUGCUAG